AUGAAUAGGAAUAGGAAUAUUAGAUCGAGUUUAGAUAAUUCUUAUACUCCUCGACAGAAUUAUCUUAAUGAUGAAUCUAAUGAACGUAAUUUUAAAUUAAAUACACGUUCACGUAAUAAUUUUAAUUCUUUCAAUAAUAGAAUUAAUAAUCGUGAUACCAGAGAUACCAGAGAAGUAAGGGAUACUAGAGAUACUAAGGAAUUCACAAGAGAUACUAAAGAUUAUGAUAAUGACAAUUUCAGAGACUCUAGAGAUACCCUAAGAGAUACUAGAGAACCUACUAGGGAUCUAAGAGAUCCCCUUAGAAGUAGAGAUACUAUGGAAACUAGAGAUAGAGAUAUAAGAAAUGUUAAAAGAGAUUAUGAUACAAUUACAUAUCAAAAUUCAAAAGAUUCUACACAAUUCAAUUAUUCCAAUAGAAUUAAUACUCCAAGAGAUGGUAGAGACAGUAGGGAUAGUAAGGAGUUUACUAGAGAUAGGGAUACUGUGGAUACUAGGGACUCUAAGGAAUACAUUAGGGAUACUAAGGAAUUUACUAGGGAUACUCCUAGAGAUACACUUAGGGAAACUAUGGAUACUAGAGAUAAUUUGGAUACUAGAGAUAGAGAAGUAAGGGAUUCUAGAGACACUAGAGAUACUCUUAGAGACACUAUGGAUAAUAGGGAUUCUAGGGAUUAUGAUGACAAUUUCCGAGACACUCCUAGAGAUACACUUAGGGAUACUAGGGAUACUAGAGAUACUAUGGAUACUAGAUAUGAUAGAAUAGGUCCGUAUGAACGUAGAAAUCAACCAUAUCAAUCAAAUAAUGGAAAUUUAAGAAAUUCUGGACCUAUACGUAAAUCCAAUAUUACAUAUAACCGUUACCAGAACAACAGGUACAAUCCCAAUUUCAACCCUAAUAACAGGUACAACCCUAAUAACCGCUAUAACCCAAAUUAUAACCCUAAUUACAAUCCUAAUAACAGGUAUAACCCUAACUACAAUCCUAACAACAGAUUUAACCCAAAUUAUAACCCAAAUAACAGGUACAAUCCCAAUUAUCAGAAUAACCGUUAUAACCCAAAUUAUCAAAACAACCGUAAUGAUCCAAAUAACCGUUAUGACACCAGAUAUGAUAAUAGAUACACAGAUUCCCGUAAUGACACUAGGUAUACGGAUCGUAAUGACCGUUAUGACACUAGAGAUAUGAGGGAUACUAGAGACUAUACUAUGGACAUGAGGGAUAAUAUGGAUACUAGAGAUGAUAGAAGAUAUACUGAUAACCGUUAUGACAACAGAUACUCUAAUGAUAAUCGGUAUACAGACCGUAAUUAUCCUAAUGACCGCUAUGAUACCAGAUAUACUGACCGUAGUGAUCCAAAUAACCGUUAUCCAAAUGACCGCUAUGACAACAGGUAUACUAAUGACACUAGAUAUACCGACUCCCGUAAUGACAAUCGGUACACAGACCGUACAGACCGUACAGACCGUACAGACCGCACCGAACGUUAUGACCGUACUGAACGUUAUGACCGUAAUGAUACUAGAUAUGACCGUAAUGAUAUGGAAUUGAGAAAUAUGGAAGAUAUAAAUGUAAUAAGAAAUAAAGAGAGAAUACAUAGAACGAAGAUAUUUAUAGGAAAUUUAUCAGGUGAUGUGACUCAAGAGGAGUUGACUGAUAAAUUUUCAUCAUUUGGUCCAAUUAAUCGUAUAGACUUUAGGCGUAAAUUUGCAUUUAUAGAUUAUGUACGUUCGAAAGAUGCUGAUGCGGCUAUUAGAGAUAUGCAUAAUAAGUUUAUUUGGGGUUCAUAUCUUAAGGUCCAACCUCACAUUGAUCAGAAUAAACGUUUAUCAUCAAGAGAUCCUAAACCAUCAUUUCAAAUUACUGUAUCAAAUUUAGAUCAAAGUGUAAGUUGGCAAGAUCUUAAAGAUUUUGGACGUCAAGCUGGUGAUGUACAUUAUACAUCUAUAAUUAUUAAAGGUGAUAAACGAUUUGGAUUAAUUGAAUAUACUAAUGAACAAUCUGUACAAAAAGCUAUGAAUGAAUUAAAUGGACAAAAAAUCGUUGAUAAUAUACUCGAACUUACACAUAUUCCAAUGAGUGAAUUCUUUAAAAAACUUGGAUAUAAUGAUUCUAUUGAAUCACAUAUUAUUGAUGAUGAUAUACAAUUGUACGUUACGGUGACUGGACCAACACCAGCCCCAAAAGGGGCUUCCUAA